AUAUCCUGGGAAAUUGCCUUAAUCAUGUCAGCUUCAGUGUACCUUGUGUUCCUCGGGCUGUCCGUGGCCCUGACUCAGGCCCAAAACUGGCAAAACAGCUCCGUCACCUGUUGCGAGGCUUUGGAACAAUAUGGACUACAGCAUGUGUACUACAGUAAUGAUACUGUGUAUCAAGAACGAACUGAGUCGUAUUGGUCUGUUAGUUCAAAACUGCACCCACGCUGUAUUGUUCAACCUGAAUCCACAUACAACGUAGUUCAAGCAGUCAAUACGCUUGCCAAACACCCUGCCUGUACCAAGACUGAGUUUGCUAUACGUUCUGGGGGCCAAAUGGCAUGGGCGUAUUCAAACAACAUCAUCAAUGGCAUCACUAUCGACCUUGGCCUUAUGAAUUCGACGACAUUCAACGAAACUACCGAAAUUACCUCUAUCCAGCCAGGAGCUCUCUGGGGUUCCGUAUACGAAAAACUGCAACCUCUUGGUUAUACAGUGGUUGGUGGUCGAUCCCAUACCGCUGGGAUUGCAGGGUACAUUACUGGUGGAGGAAACUCGUUUUUCUCAAAUCAAUACGGAUUUGCCACCGAUAACGUAAAAAACUUUGAAAUCGUCCUUGCCAGUGGGCGCAGCGAAGUAGUGAACGCCAAUUUAUUGGAGAAUAGCGACCUUUUCCUAGUCCUCAAGGGAGGUGUUGCUUCAAACUAUGGAAUAAUAACACGAAUUGACAUGUACUCCAUUAAAUCGGAGCAGCUUUGGGGCGGAGUAGCAGUAUACGAAAAAGCUGCCACUUCACAACUAAUCGAUGCUCAUAUUACAUGGGUAGAUGAAGUAGGACAGUACCCUCCUGGCAGCACAGUCAUGGCUUUUAAGUAUUCGAAAGAUUGGGGCAAUAUCACGAUUGUCAACUUCUACCAGGAUACGUCAGGGGCAGUAGAACCACCUGUUUUCAGAAAUUUCCUAGCCAUCCCGGAAAAGAACAACACCUUCACGACCGGGGACAUGAAUACUGUUUCUACUGGCAUCGGGCUUCCCCUAGGCUAUUAUAAUAUCUGGUUCGUAACAACUGUUCGUAACGACCGCCGCAUAUAUGACAAAGUCGUCGAGCUCCACAAGCGGUUGGUUGAUGAAUGGAUGGUAGAAAGCGAAGAUCCCGAUUUCCUCGCCGAGUUGAACAUUCAAGCCAUUCCUACAACGUUUGGUAAAAAUGGCUUAGCAAACGGAGGGAACAUUAUGGGCCUCGAACGCAUAAAAGAAAAUGCCAUCAUGGUCUUAUUCACUAUGGCAGUUAAAACUGCCGAACUGGAGACAAUAGCGACCGAGAAAAUCAAAGCAUAUGGCCAAGAAAUCGAGGAUUUCGCUGCCAGUUUGGAUGGCCUAUUUGAAUGGAAGCAUUUGAAUUAUGCUGGAGGCUUUCAAGAUCCCCUUGCAAGUUACGGGGCUGCUAAUAUCGCAAAAAUGAGGGCAGCGUCUGCAAAGUAUGAUCCAUAUGGUUUAUUCCAAACCAAAUCAUCGCCGGGUUUCAAGAUAUCGAAAGCUUGGUGUUGCCCCAAUUAGAUUGUAAUCUGCAUUGUUUUGUAGAUAGAUGCCGGUACAGGGCGCACGUCACCGGUCAGCGAGGAGAUUACCGGAGUAUGUACCAGUUGUUUCAUUCAAAACAGCGAAAAAGUCUUUGCAUUUGGACAGCUCUUAAUGAAAAUAAAUUCCUGCCCAGUUUGAACAAUUUCGUAUGCACGUACAUUGAAACAGUCGGCGUUAUUUCAGUUUCAAUCAUCGCAUUUCCGUGAUUAACGGGUGCGUUCAUGUGCUGUCCUCGAGCCCUUGACGAUAUUUUUGUUUGCAAUCGCGUAGUGUUUUCCAUCAGCCAUAUAUGCAAUAUGUACAUGACCCGACACCUGCUAUUAUCAGUUCAUCGUCUAUGUUGUUUUCUUCCUUCCGCUAUCCGCCAUCCGCCUUUCAGUAGUCACCGCUACAACAAUCUCCUCACAUGGUCGUCGUCAGUGUUGGCCGUAAACAUGGGGACUUCUCCAGUGAAUGGUGGUUGUUGAGUUACAAGAAGACGACACAAUUGAUUAAUACCUCUUAUCAAAAUCAUCACUGCAAACCACUGUGAUAAUCUAACAUAAUUAGAGUGGCCCUGUUUGCGGCUUGCUCUCCUCAACUUCCCAGACAGAAUAUGAAGGCGUAAUACUUCGUGCCAUAUUGCUCGCCCUUCGAUUCCACGAACCUAAAGCAUAGCAUCCAUCCGAUAGAGCCCUGCUAUCUGCAAGCCUUUCUCUGAGCUAUGGAUAUCUUUUCUCCAGCGAUACGUUUUUGAGUUUGUUGUCCAUGGUGAUUGAUUGAUGAGUGAGCUCGACAACCUUUCAUAAGUUAUAAGUGAGGUAAUUGCGCACAAGAGAUACCGAGUAUACCCUGGAUAGCAAUGUAGACGUCCACGAAAAACUCUAGUGACCACAAACGAGUGAGGAUAAAUUUCAAUU